GGCCAGCUAAGUAACUAGUCAGAGUAUCAUAUAAACAGUGUCAAUAAGCUCAAAAUAGAAGAUAUUUCAUACACUCUUUGUUCCCACUAUUUCUCUUGAUUACCAAUUUAUAUAAUCCAUCAACAUAUUUUAAUUUACAAUAACCCCUUUUUCUUAUUUAUUUGAUUCCAAAUACUACACAAGAGAAAAGAAAAAUGACCAAGAUCUUUGUGCUUCUUCUAUGUCUAAUUGUUGUAGCUUUUGGAUUUGUGAAUGGUUCUGUUGAUGAGAAAGAAAAGAUUGGGAUAUUUGAGUUGAAGAAAGGUAAAAUUUCUUUGAAAGUGACCAAUUGGGGUGCAUCAAUUGUUUCUCUUGUUCUUCCUGAUAAAAAUGGAAAAUUGGGUGAUGUUGUUCUUGGAUAUGAUUCAAUUAAGGAAUACACUAAUGAUUCAACAUACUUUGGAGCUACAGUUGGACGAGUUGCUAACAGAAUUGGUGGAGCUGAGUUUACUUUAAAUGGAAAGCAUUACAAAUUAGUUGCUAAUGAAGGAAAUAAUACACUUCAUGGUGGAUCAAGAGGGUUCAGUGAUGUUGUGUGGAAGGUUAAAAGGUAUCAAAGAGAAGGUCCAAGUCCCAUUGUUACCUUCACUUACCAUAGUUUUGAUGGUGAAGAAGGAUUUCCUGGUGAUCUCCUAGCAACAGUGAGCUACAUUCUAACUGGAAAAAACCAAUUGGUCAUAAUUAUGAAAGCAAAAGCUCUAAACAAGCCUACACCUGUGAAUUUGGCAAACCAUGCUUAUUGGAACCUUGGAGGCCAAAAUAGUGGCAACAUUCUAAAUGAAGUGAUUCAAAUCUUUGGUUCUAAAAUCACAAUUGUUGAUAGCAAAUUAAUUCCUACAGGAAAAUUUGCUUCUAUAAAAGGAACUGCUUAUGAUUUUCUCAAACCACAAAUUAUUGGAAGCAGGAUUAACCAAUUAGCUAAAACUAAGGGUUAUGACAUCAAUUAUGUGUUGGAUGGUGAAAAAGGAAAAAGGAUUAAGCUAGCAGCAAAAGUGCAUGAUAAGAAAUCAGGUAGAAGUUUGGAACUUUACACAAAUGCCCCUGGUCUGCAGUUUUAUACUGGCAACUAUAUUAAGGAUGUGAAGGGUAAAAGUGGAUAUGUUUAUAAAGCUCAUGCUGGAUUAUGUUUGGAGAGUCAAGCUUUUCCUGAUUCAGUUAAUCAUCCUAAUUUUCCUUCAACAAUUGUGACUAAAGAAAAGCCUUAUAAGCAUUAUAUGCUUUUUAAGUUUUCAACCAAAUCCCACUAGCUAACGCCUCAUAAUAAAGAUGUGUUCAGUGUCUGACACGUAGUAUUAUUGGUUACAUUCAAGCAUUUAUAAUUUCGUCAAUUAUUAUUGGUUUCUAUGUGUAUCCAUGUUAUUGUCAUGAAUCUGUUUAGUCUUUAGUAGUUUAAUUAAAGAGAACUAAUUAAGUAUA